CUCCCCUCUCCGUCCCCCCUCCCUCUUCUACCUCCAAAGACUGUUCUUUUCCUUCGAAAUCAGUAUACAUAUUUAUAUAUAAAUAUAUACAGAGAGAAAAAGAGGAUUUGUAUUUUACCUUGAUCGGCAUGGCUGCGAGAGGCAGAGAUAUGGAUCGGAUCAAGGGGCCAUGGAGUCCUGAGGAAGACGAGAUGUUACAGAGACUGGUAGUAAAGCACGGGGCCAGGAACUGGUCUUUAAUAAGCAAGUCGAUUCCCGGUAGAUCAGGGAAGUCGUGCCGGCUACGGUGGUGCAACCAACUUUCGCCGACAGUGGAGCACCGCCCGUUCACGCCGGAGGAAGAUAGGACCAUCAUCAGCGCUCACCAGCGCUUCGGAAAUAAGUGGGCAACCAUCGCCCGCCUUCUGAAUGGUCGUACGGAUAACGCCAUUAAGAAUCACUGGAACUCCACUCUCAAGCGUAAGUACUCCGGCGCCGCGAUGGAGGAGGAAGGAAGAUCUCUCAAGAGAUCAAAUAGCGCCGGGCUUAGUUUCAGCCCGGGUAGUCCUUCUUCUUCUGAUGUCAGUGAUUCUAGUCAUCACAGCCAUCCGUUGAUGACGCCGCCACCGAUGGUUACUCCGGUCUACCGCCCGGUCCCAAGAGCUGGUUGUAUCGUUCCAACGCAACUCCCCCCCGCCAUAGACACUGCGGCGGCCUCCAACUCUAGUGGCAGUGGAAGCAAUCUGAUUCCCGAUCCCGUCACCUCUCUUACUCUCUCUCUUCCAGGAUUGAGUUCUGAUCAGUCCGAAGCCUCAGAUCACCGCCAUCGCCAAAACCAGACCGAUCUUCUCCAUCUGGCUCCACCUUCGGAACCGGAAAAGAAGCCGUUACAUGCGGCAUCGGCGAUAUCGGCGCCAACGACGGCUUCGGCUUUCCCUUUCAGCACUGAAUUGCUGGCGGUGAUGCAAGAGAUGAUCCGCCAGGAAGUGAGGAACUAUCUGAGCGGAAUGGAGCUGAGUGAGGCGAUGAGCGUGAAUCCGCCCCAUGAAAGCUUGCGGAACAACGUCAUGAAAAGGAUCGGAAUCGCCAAAAUCGAUUAGAGAAGUUGGCUUGAGAAACCCUAGAUCUAGAUUCGGAAAAGUGGGAAGGAAAUCUCAUCUUCCCGCUUAGAUCACUCUUUAGUUCGGUUUUUUUCUAAUUUAUUUUUAGUUUCUUUUUCCAUCAAAUCUUCUCCUUUCAGUUCUUAAUAGAUUAAUAAGCUGUGUCUCGGUGAUAGUUUUUUGUUUCUUCUUCUGGAAAAUGCUGUACAGGAGAAAGGAGUUUGAGCUCAAUCCAAAUAAAAUUAAAAAAAAAUGCUACGAAACUUUUUUUGAAAAAAA